UUACCGCUUGCCAUCUCCAACAACGUGACCUGGAAUCCUGUCUUGAUCCCAUUAAUUCCAUCGAUGUGCGAGAGCAGCGGGGAAAGAUGGAAAUUCCUAAUUCUAAAUACUCAUGUACGAUUGCAGAAUGUUCUAUGCUCACGUCACCUCGUUUUGUGAGAUUUCCAACUUUGAUCAGCACACCCAAAUCGCGGAUAUGCUUUGGCGAGACCGUGCCGUAACGUUCUGCCUGCCUUUUCAAGAGCUCACCAAAUACGGGUUGGAGAUAACCGCUUGUUGUAGCGUCUUUAGCGUCAAUACAAGUCCCUGUGACCAUUGAGCGAUGGUUAUAUCUAAGCAUCAGCGCGGGUCAUCUCUCCCUGGAUCUAUCUUAUCGCUUCGCCAUUCGCUUGCCAUUCGUAUUGGAUACGCACGUUUAAAUUUCCUGUCUUUCGUGCUCUCAGCAACUUUCCAACUUGUCUUUUCCCAAAAAUGGGUCUUCUCGAUGAGGAUCUCGUUCGGCAGAUUGCUGUAUGGGCGCCUGUUGCAUUCAUAGCAUACUUUGUGCUGCUCUCAAUAUACAGGAUCACUCUUCAUCCUCUGGCAAAAUACCCCGGACCUUUACUAUGGCGAAUUUCGCCAAUCCCUUCAAUCAUUUCCCUUUUGAAAGGUCGCAUUUCAUUCGAUUACAAAGUGCUGCACGACAAAUACGGCCCAGUCGUCCGAGUGAUGCCAAAUGAGCUUUCCUUCAACACCGCCAAAGCAUGGGAAGACAUUUAUGGGCAUCGUGUUGGCCUGGCCAAUAUGGAUAAGGAUCCAAUCCACGUCGGUGCCGUUGAGGCCAUUCCUGGAGCUACCAACCUGACAAUGGCGCCGGAUAUGCACCAUGCGAGACAACGAAGAGCGCUCGCGCACGCUUUCAGCAAACAGGCUCUGCUUGAACAGGAGCCUAUCCUAAAGGGUUACGUAAACCUGUUUGUGCGCAGAUUACGGGAGAUGGCACAUCGAGGUGAAGCUGCUAAUAUGGUCUCGUGGUUCAACUUCUGUACAUUCGAUAUCAUUGGGGAUCUGAGCUUUGGCGAACCUUUCGGGUGCCUGAACGACGGCGAGGGUAGCGAGUCUGCAAACUGGGUUGUCCUUAUCUAUGAAUCAAUUAAGGCUGGCGCUCUUGAACAAGCGACAAGACGGUUUGCGACACCUGGGUCUUGGGGACAGAGAUUCUUCUUGUGGUGUAUUCCUUCAAUUAUUCGCGAGCGAAGGACCAAACAUUUGCGCAAUUCCACCGAGAAAACGGUCAGGCGUAUGAAAACCAAGACUGAGCAUAGAGACUUCAUUUGGUACAUUCUCAAACAGCGAGAGAAGAAGAACGAGGUGUCUGAUGAUGAAGUCAUUAUGAAUGCUGCUCUUUUCAUUGUCGCAGGCAGCGAAACCACCGCCACCGAACUUUGCGGUCUCACGAACUAUCUUCUACGAAACCCAGAAAUCUUCAAGAAACUGAAGGAUGAGCUUCGUUCCGCAUGCAAGACCGAAGCAGACCUCAAUAUGGAUGUUCUGGGAAACCUCCCCUACAUGAACGCCUGCAUCGAAGAAGGUCUUCGCAUCUUUCCACCCGUGCCAAUUGGGCUCCUGCGAACUGUUCCCAAGGGUGGGUCCCUUAUUGAUGGAAACAUUGUCCCUGAGAAUACUUCAGUGUGUGUAUCUUCAUGGGGAGCGGCACACUCGUCAUCCAACUUCGCCAAUCCCGACGCUUUUAUUCCCGAGCGAUUCCUAGAGUCUCCCGAAUCAAAGUCGCGGUACGGCAACGACAUCAAGAAAGCAGCCCAGCCGUUCUCCCUUGGUCCCCGUGGUUGUAUCGGCCGGAAUCUGACUUAUGUGGAGCUGAGGUUGAUCCUUGGGGCGUUGCUCUGGAAUUUCGAUCUCGAGUUCGCAGACGGAGCUCCGCUCUGGAAUCCAAAGAAUGAGUUUGAGGGGCUCAGGGCUUACAACACAUGGGAGAAGAGCCCAUUGAUGGUAAAGCUGACCGAUAUUCGCAAGGCUCCUGCUUGAAAUUUCAAAUGGGAAACUGUUCCUCGUUUUUAGGCGUUGUAUGCACAAAGCUGCAUGUAAAAUUUUGCUCAAGAUUGGCUUCGAUCCAGAUGUUGAAACAGACAUCAAUGUAGGUCACUUCAAUGUAGUCCAAGCAACUUAUAGCGCUUCGGUAUUGGAUAUAGAUAUGAACAAAGC